AACUGCCAUGCGUCCUACUGUCAAGCUGGUACCCGACUUCAUUGUUCCGCACUUGGACAGAGGGACAUUCGGCCGACAUUUGCAGUGGGAGGAGAAGGAAAAAGGUUCUUUUCGGAUUUCUAGGGUACAUCAAAGCAGUGAGCAUUGGAAUGAUGACUGCUUCCAAGUUUAUAAGGCAUGGUCUUCAAUAAAGAGACUGUGGAAGUGGGAAGAUCCCAAACGAAUCACAAAAGCCAAACAUCGUCUGGUGACAGCACUCCGGAGAAAUAUGGACAUCGAAAUGUUGCGAAAGGAAACGCCUUACUACCGAUUCAGAAUCAUCAACCGAAACAUUCUAGGUUUACAGAAAUCCUCUGAUGUUAAUGAACUAUCUCCAAAGACAACAAAAGUGGCUGAAGCGGAUAAGGAAACCAGCAACUAUGAAGUCGAUGGAGACAUAUUUGCUUCGAAAUUGGUUGAGAAGUACUUAACAGCAUCUGAUGAUGGACUCUCCCUUCUUCCAGAAAAUGGAACGAUGCAUCGAACUUUUCGAGGAUAUUCCAAAACAAAUGACAGUUACUUAGUGCGCGACAUUACCCCACCACUAUGCCCUCCGACUGAUGAAAAGGAGAAACGAUUUAACACUAUAUGUUGCUGUGAUAUUCUACUAGAUGGUUUUCUGCCUAAUGAUAUGUGCAUUUGGCAUGGAGUGCCGCCGUGAUCACAUUGACUUUAAUAAGCAGGAACUUCCCGAGCUUAAACCAGAGUACAUCUUAUUGUUGCACUUUGAAGUACAACACAUAGAUGUAGUAUUAACUAGAUACACAACGAGAGACCUGAUGGGCAACCAAUGCCAUUUAGUAAACGGGCAAGCGUCCGAAAAGCGCAUGCGCGCAAACAUUUUUUGCCAUAGCCUACGAGGAUGAAAACAGCGUUGCAUUGCAUCCACUGGAGAUCAGUGGUUACACCCUCGUGGGCUACGCUUUUGGCCGUUUACUUCAAGAUUCGCACUGGCAAAUACGGCCAGUGGUUACUGCUAGGGAGUUGUAUAUCUAGUUAUACUAGAUCAAUGAUACAACAAUACUGUUUUUAUCCAAAUUACAUUAAAGUCCUAGAUCUUAGCUUAAGUAGCGACAUGUCCGCCAUCUUGGGGCUAAAUGCAACUUCCUUCCUAUGUUUGCUAUGACGAAGUACCGUGUUUUGCCUCUUGAUUGUGGUGCUUCUUGACUGUAGAUUAGCAUGGAGUUACUUAUAAAUCACAAUCAAGAAGCAAAACACGCUACUUCACCAUAGCAGAUAUAGGAAACAGGCGGUGUUGCCCGCUGCCGUCGCAACGCGUUGCCCCAAGAUGGCGAACGUGUUGCUACUUUUAAGCUGCGAUCCAGAGCUUUAAGUUAUAUCACAUCAGGAAUUCUUGAUUUCCAUUUACUGAGAACUUAAUUAAUGCGGGAUAUUGAUGUGAUAGUACUUGUUUAAAAAUAGGGCUUGUCUCAAUGGUUAUAUAAUUUGUACGUAACUGAUGUUGCGUAAAUAAAGCUGUUUUUAAAGUAUGUUCACUAAU